AAUACAGUACACUAUGCCGCUCUGCUCUUCGCUGUUCUGUUCUGUGCUGUGUGGUACAGUAGACCAUGCAGUGCAGUGCGGUGCUAUAAAGUAUAAUAAGAGCUAUAAUGUUCAACAGGACUCCAUAAAAUGCAUAAAUGUAUACAUGCAACGUGCCUAAGGGAUGUGUAUACAAUACAUGCAUCUGACGCUAUGCAAUUGCUCUAAUCGCUCUAAUCGCUUCAAGUGCUCAGAAGAAGAAGAAGAAGAAGAAGAAGAAGAAGAAGAAGAAGAAGAAGAAGAAGAAGAAGAGCGGGCCAAGGAGGCAGUAAAUGCAACCACCACCAUCAACAACGACAACAAAUCAGACCAGACCAAACUACUACCACUACCACUACCACCAAUAACAACAAAACAGGCCACGAUCAGCGAUGAGUGAGACAGACAAAUGAAUAAACCGAAAUGGGCCAAGAACGAGACCGACAAAUGAAUAAAACCAAUCAAACGAAUAAAGGGAAU